AGGCUGGAGGUUCGCUUCAGGUCGCGUUGCAGAGAGAGAUGAGAGCGAGGCAAACUGCCAGCCUCAGUGGCACCGAGCUGAGUUCAUGAUUUGGUCUCCAGUUUCCAACCUGCAGAGCGCACCUCCCGUAGCUUUCCCUACAUUUCACCUGCCUGCGUCUCCUCUCACCGCUGCGUGUAAAAGCAGCCACACAAGAGGAGGAGUGUUGGCUGCCACUCUGCUCUCAGUUUCAGAGGAGCUGCUGUUGGAGCUGAAAACAUCCGCACCGCCUGUUUCUCCUUUACCUUGACGUGCGUAACCGUUUUGCGCUUCAGUCCGCGUCUUGGCCGCCGGAGAGUUGAGACUUCCAGCCGCAACGCAGCGUACCAAGCGAGUGAUCAGACCCCCGUCCGGUGAGUGAAGAUGAUUCCUGUCCUGAUCUGUGCGUUGGUCUCACUGAGUGUAGCAGAAACCGACUUGGACGUUCUGUAUCCUGAGCUGGAGCACUCCAGAACCAUCUAUGUUACAGAAAAUGGCCCUCGACUCUCGGUGGUGGCAGAACAAUCCAAGGUGGUGUCAAGGCGAGGGGGGAACGCCACAUUACCAUGCAGGAUCCAAAGGGACCAAUCAAUGGCACCCAAUCGGAAGAUGAGGAUCAAAUGGACCAAGCUGACCUCGGACUACCUGAAAGAGGUGGAUGUGUUUGUUGCCAUGGAUUAUCACAAAAGGAGUUAUGGCAGUUUCCAUGGACGUGUCCACCUACAAGGCUCCUCUCCCAUGGACGCUUCACUGGUCAUCACGGAAAUCACCUUGGAGGAUUAUGGGAGAUAUAAAUGUGAAGUAAUCGAUGGGCUGGAGGAUGGAACGACAGUGGUGGCCCUUGACCUUGAAGGUGUUAUCUUCCCUUACUUCCCCCGCCUCGGUCGCUACAACCUCAACUUCUACGAUGCUGAGCGUGCAUGCCGUGACCAGGAUGCUAUCGUGGCGUCCUUCGACCAGUUGUACGACGCGUGGCGAGGUGGGAUGGACUGGUGCAACGCUGGCUGGCUGAGUGACGGCUCAGUGCAAUAUCCCAUCACCACCCCCAGAGAACCCUGUGGGGGCAAGAACACGGUACCGGGCAUUCGAAACUACGGGCUGAGAGACAAGGACAAGAACCACUACGAUGUGUUCUGCUUCACCUCCCACUACAAAGGCCGGUUCUACUACUUGAUCCACCCCUCUAAGUUGACCUAUGACGAGGCGGUCAGGGCAUGCCAAAAGGACGGCGCUCAGAUUGCCAAAGUCGGCCAGAUGUACGCCGCCUGGAAGCUGCUGGGCUACGAUCGUUGCGACGCUGGCUGGUUGGCAGACGGUAGCGUCCGCUAUCCCAUCUCCCACCCUCGACGACGCUGCAGUCCCACGGAAGCUGCCGUCAGGUUCAGUGGCUUCCCCGACAAGAAGCACAAGCUGUACGGAGUGUACUGCUUCAAGGGCCACAACUGAGCUACAAACACACAAUCAACACAUACAUACAUACACAAGCAUGCACAAACACUCAGAGGAGGGGAUCUGGAGGUAUGAACACACACUUUCAAACUGUGAUGCUUUAUUUCAUGGAAACCUUAAGACAUUAAAGUCAGACAGAUUCAUGUUGUUGCUUUGUGAUCUGGGACCUGACACUCUAUGAGGGAUAGUUUACACAUAUUUAAGGUUCACAUUAUUUAAUCAAUGCCUUUGAGAGGGGUGGGAGGGUUAUUGUGUGAGGGGUGGGGGUUGGAGGAUAUCACAGCUACAGCCAUACUGUCACUCAAGAAUGGACAACGCAUGUCUGAACUGAGAACAGUUUAACAGCAAAACAUCUCAUGUUGGACUGACACUUUGGGCACUUAACUUGUUUUUGUUCAAGACCUGGAACAACAACACCAUGAAAGACACCUGCAAACAAGACAAAAAGAGAGUUAGGAUUACAAGCAGAGCACAACUAAAGCGAUCUUUGCUGUCCAUUCUUAACAAGGUGCUAUGACCGGUACUUUGUACUUCAUCCGACCGUCCAGUAUUUUAUGUUUUUAUACAAAUGUGUUGGACCAAACAUCAGUGUCAUCACCAACAUGAAUAAGAAAUAGGAACAUCCAACUGUUAGCUUGUUUAUGUUUUCUAAAUACGUAGAAUGUGAUAAUCUAGAAAUGUAAUUCUGUUAAUGACUAUUUUUUGAUAUACUGUAGAAAUAUUUUCAUUAUUAUUUCUGUCUUUCUGGCCAAACUAUCCAAGUCUCAUUGGUUUACAUGAAACAUACAAUGACAGUGGAAACAAAAAACUCCACAAUCUUUAAAAACAAACAAAAAAAUUGCACUGAACCUAUAGAAGAUAACGCCUAGAGGAGAGAAGACAAGGCAAACAGUAGUUCGCCCCUUGCAGCAAUACAAAAUGCCUGGCAUGAAUAAAUGCAGUGCUAUGCUAGAGUAUUUUUUCUGUAACAGCAGUGAAGUAGAAUUUUGUGGCUGUAUCUCUGUUUGGCUUGAACUUCAGAGCAUGACUUCGACAAGCACACAGCAAAACAGCUCCCAGAGUAGAUCUACUCCCGCUGUCUAUCUAGCGCCUUGAUAAACUGCUAUUUUUGAUACAAACACUGUAGUUUCUUAAAGUGUAUGAGCAGAGCCAGGCCCAGGCCGGCUUGUGACCUCAUCCCUCUGUACGUAACUCCAAUGAUUAACCUCACAUCACUCAGCUAUGAGUCUUUUACCUGUUAUUCAGGGUUGUAUCUUCAAAGCUGUUUUCGUGAUCCCAUAGAUGUUGGUCUGCCUCCACCCAUAAUUACAAAAUGUUUGCUGUAGCCAACAGAAAUUCAAACUAUUUUCUUACGCCAUUCCUCUCCGCCAGUGGUGCUAGCUGUGGCAGGCCUGGGCGCUAGCCGACAGCACAAAUUUUGGAUUUAAAUGCGCGUUUAGCAAACAGUUUUAGGUUUCCUUAAAAUCAUGAGGUUGUGACUACGACAUGGGAAGUUGUGUACACAAAAUGCUUGGUGCUUACGUCGUAGCAUCAGCUGUAAGCCAUGAAAACAUGACUGCUGAGCAACGGCAACAUGGGUGGUACUGUCAAUGUCUAGCCCCCAAGACUUAGUAAGCUCAUGAACCAGUAACAAAAUGUAGGAAAUGCAGAAGCAUCAAAAUAGAAGACAAGCCCAUUAAAAAUAUCAACAUGUCCAUGUGACUUUACAAGAAAGGUUACCAUAUAAUACCUUAUCAUCCAUGCAAAAACAAACUAUUUGUCAACCACAAAUAAUUUGCAAUCAUGUAAGGUAACCUAAAAUGAGGGGAAUUUGUGAAAGUAAACUUCAUCUAUGUUGAUGUUGAUAUCAAAAUCUUCUUCCACGUGUUUACUAAAUUGUUAACGCUGUGCUGCCAUGACUGAAUAUUUCAGCUGCUUAUCUCAAGCUAGACCUAAACAACAACCUGUGUACUAGUGAACAGAUACAGCCGAUACUACAAGAUGGGAUUAAAACGACACAUAUGCAUAUCAGUAACAUUGUGAUGUCACUACUGUAUUUACAUGAAAGAAAAUGUAAAAGUAAAUUUAAAAAAUUUACAUUACAUUAAACAUGAUGUAUUAACUACCUUAUCAUUAGCUGUGAUUAUUGUUCUGUUUGUCACAUCUAUCUGAUGCUAUCUAUCAUUAAUAAAAAGGAGCCAAAUACAGGACUGAACACUCUAAAACAAUAAAACUAUAUCUGCAGGUGA